UUAUUUUGUCGUAGGUCGAGCGCAGAGUGAAGAAGUUGACACGACACAUAUGAUAUUUCCCCUUCUAUUCGCAGAUAUUCACCCUCAUGUUGUCGUUGACACCAUGUAUACAAAACCAUGUUUAAAAUCUUUCACAACUACAGUAUCGGCGUGUCAUCACUUCAGCGUUAGUCAUCCGCGAUGUGUCGUGUCAGUCUGCCGCGACUAUAGUAGGUCUCACGAUCAGAUAUCCGGCAUCAUCGUUGUCAUCUGACGAGUGCGUGAUUGAUUCAAUUGUUCUGUAUGAAAUUGUAAAAAACGUAGCAUGAUAUUUUCCCCGCGAUGAGUGACUCCCGAUUUCCGAUAACGCAUAUUUUUCCGAAUACUGAUCCGGAGAUUCAAUGGAAACUGUGGCAUAUAUAUCAUUCCCUGACUUCCGGAUAUGCGAGCCACAAUUUGUCGGUCAUUGCGGAAAUUUCAUUGAGAAAAGAAAACUUUGCAUAUCGAGCUUUCCAACGAACUACACCAGCAAUCCCCCCUUCUCCUUCAGCUGUUUAAUAUUCUUUAGAAUACAGUAAACCAAAUCUUGUGUCCCUCAAAAUAUACGAUUCUAUUGGCGACUCAUUGUAGCGGCUGUCAACAACGUACGCGCUUGCAGAUCUUGUCCUACAAUGGACAUACGACGAUAAAACAUACGACGACAGGAGGUUCUUUCGGGCAAAAGGCUGCGGUCGUAUUGUAUUUAAUAUGGCAGCCCGCCCCGAAUAGGUUCAGUUGUCUCUCGACCACAACCGAUCCCGUAGGCUGCACGAUUCCUUACUUAUUGCUAUGUACUCUACAUACGUACAGUAGUCAACUCUUGAGUCUACCGCGAAAUAGUGAACUUAUACUCGAGUCAUUCGAGGACCAAGGUGGACGAGACAGUGCCAGAAAGCCAAUCAGUGGAAAGUGAACAUUCGGAGUCAUGAAUACCAUCACGCUUUCCAAUUUUUUGACGAUCCUAAUUUUUUCAGGUGCUGUCGUAGCUCAAGAUUUCUCUUACGAUGGAAUUCACGGCCCUCAAUACUGGGGAAAGGAUUAUCAGUCCUGUGUGGGGAAGCACCAGUCUCCGAUCAACAUUGAGGAACACUACGUACGGACGGUCACACUUCCACCUCUUCUGUUUUCCGGUUUCGAUGUACCCAGGAUAGCCACAUUAACUAACAACGGUCAUACAGUACUCCUCAGAGCUGUGGGCCAUGUGGACGCUUUUUUAACCGGGGGUCCUCUUGGGGACGAUGUUUACACGUUCGAACAGCUACAUUUUCAUUGGGGUGAAAACGAUUGGGAAGGUUCAGAAGAUAUGAUCAAUAAUCAAUCAUUCGCCAUGGAAUUGCACGCAGUAUUCUACAAAUCCAUUUACAGAUCGGCUGCUGAGGCACAACGAUAUCCCGAUGGGUUGACCGUACUAGCUUAUUUUAUGGCGGCGGGUGAAGAGAUGGAUCCUAGUUAUGAACCGUUGGUGGAAACUCUGCCGCAGAUUGAGGUGAUCGGAAAAGAGAACAUAAUCUUGGAAGAUCUGAUUCUCGAGUCCAUUCUCAUGACAAAUAGGCCCUCGAGUCAAAACUAUUUCACCUACAAUGGGUCACUCACGACACCACCUUGUUCCGAAGUAGUUACUUGGAUUGACUUCAAACAACCCCAUAUACUUUCACGAGAACAGAUCGCGGCGUUUCGCCGUAUCCGUAGCGCGGAAGGGGAAAGAGUGACACACAACUUCCGGCCAGUUCAACCUCUUGAAGACAGAAUUGUAUAUGAAAAUAUUCCCGAAUUAUCAUAUCAUAAUCAGCGUUAUUAUCCGGAACAAAUAUAUUCGGGACAAUUGGCUAGCAGAGCUUCUGUACCACCACUCAUCGUUUCAUUAAUAAUUUCAACUUACCUAUGGUGCCGGUAACGCGUAAUUUUAUCGUUGAUAGGAAGCGGAUAUUAUAUAUCGUGCCAUUUAUUACGUUUAAGUAGAUAAGGCACAUUACCAACAUGCACCCGAAGCACCGAUAUGGAAAGAAAAAGAUGAGAUGCGAUUACAGGUAUCUUUGUAUACACUUUAAUACACGUAGCAGAAACCAAAAAAAAAAAGAAAGAAAAAAACAAAUAAAAAAGAAAUCAUUCUCUGGAACUGAGAUUCCGUUGUUGUUAGAAUGUGAGUUCGUUCCACGUGCGUUCGAACAGCUCUUGCAGUGAGAAUUUCCGGGUAUAAUACGUAAGCGCAUAUUUUAUUGACCGCAAACUAAAGUGAUACAAAGAAAGAUAAAAAGAGAUAGAGAUAGAGUACAGCAGUGCGUUAAAUUUCCGGGUUUCUCGUACAAGUAUUAUACAAAUAAAUUUAUUCCGGUUGAUGUACCUAAUCCUAUACUAUAUAUAUCCUUCUGUCCAUAGGUCUCGAUAUUCCGUCAUACCAUUUUACUUCAUAGAUACCAACUAGAUGACAUCGCGAUCAAUUUAUCACUCAUUUAUAGUGAGUAAAAUUGAACUAUAAAUUAUUAUCAGUUAGCAAAAACAUAGGUAGAAAGUAUAGUAGUCCGACUUUCUAUAAUUUAAGUGUCAAAUAAAUCGAUUGUAAUACCUA